CUUAUUCUAUGGAUAUGGAGACCCUUCCGACCGAGUUAGUCGACACUAUUGUGAGCUGGCUCGAUCUCCGGGAUGUCUGCGCGCUCCGUCUGACUGGACGUACUAUCUUAUCCCACAUAUCUACUGCCGCUAUUUCUCGGAGAUUUUACUCUUCUAAGAGAGUGAAAAUGACAGAGGCUGCGCUAGAACAGCUGGUUCGCUUCACCCAGCCAGGACAGGUGGGCCUCUGGCUUCAACGGCUCACGCUGUGUGACUGUGUCGAGCGCACGGAGCAGUCUGAUGCUGAUUUCGACGCAACCGAGCUACUGGCCCAAGCAUUCGCGAACAUACGCGACCGGCCAGCAUCCCACCGGGGCAAUCAGCCGUCGCUGUCUAUCUCCCUGGAGGUUGACAACUUCUCUACAUGGGACAGGGAUGUCACAGCUCGGGUGUUCCACGCGACCAUCUCUGCCAUCGCGAGGACGGAAAUCCCAAUCCGAGAACUCGAUAUUUUCGGCGACGCUUACGUGCACGAUCACCACUUUGACAACGGCCAAUGUAGUUUAGCUUUUAGUGAUGUCGCUCUUGCGCUAUCUCACCACCGGACGCCCCUGGCAACAUCCUUGCGAAACUGCACCAAGUUCUGCCUGAGUCUAGGCCACUCAACCCGGGGAUUCAAUUUCGAGUGCAGCCCUCGGGACUUGCGUCUACCGCUGACCGCGAACGAAGCCCGACAGAACAUUCAGUCGCUUUGUGAUCUCCUCACCAUGUGCCCUUUCCUCGAAGAACUACACCUCGUGUGGGAGGGUGACGACUUGGAAGAAACGGAUGCGUGCAGUGAAGAACGGGGAUUCUUCAACCAGAUCGGGAUUUCCUGUGCAUUUGCAAACUUGAAGCGAUGUAAACUUCAGGAUCUCCACACGUCCGAGAACCCGAUCAUGACCUUCUUCCGCCGGUCCCCGAGGCUGCUAGAGUUGACCUUGGACGGAUUGUUUAUGAUGCCCGGAGAUUUCAGUCAUCUUUUUCGUUUGCUGUCUACAGCUAUGCCAGACCUGGGGUUGUUACGGCUCCGAGGGCUGGAUGACGACCUGGGUAUGAUCCUGAAUGCGGUGCAAGCACUUGGGAUAAUCCAGAUGCUCCUUCAUGCCGUGCUUUAUGUGGUCCAGCCUCAGAAGGUUGCUCCGGCACACUACUGGGAGAAUCCUAGUUUUUUACAACGAGCAGACUUCCAGAGACGCGUCCUCAAUUUCAUUUCUGGUGAUAAACCACAAGACGGGGUGGGCCCGGCCCUCGACCCAACAAUCUUCAAUGGGGCAGAGGACGACACGCGCAUCUACAUCAUGCACCCUCGCAGGGAACUAUCACCCAACAAUCCUUUCUUAGCAAACUACAACGGGAAAUUUGCAGAACUACGUGACUUGCUAAAUAAAAGACUUCUUCCUGGAGCACCCACGGCGGCGAGGAUGUACGUCGCUGUCCCAUAUAUCUUCGAUAAGAAUGGGGAGUAUAAAAGUGACCCCAUUAGGGAUCAGGAAUGGAGACGAAAUGCUGUGUUCCAAUAUGAUCCAAACGCGCAUGGCAACGGAAUGCCAGGGUGGAGACUCUUCUUUGAGGAUCACUAUUUCGACGAUACUAAUGCGCCCCCGGGCCCUGAGUCCGCCAACGGCAUUCCUGAUAUACCGUAA